GGCGGAGGAGCAGAUGAUACAGCGACGGUUCCUAUGUCCCUCCCCUCCGGGCCCCCGGACGAGCUCUGCGAUUUCCUCUUCAAGUUGAUUCUCAUCGGGGAUGCGGGGGUGGGAAAGACGUGUGUGGUACAGCGCUUCCGUAGCGGAGUCUUCGCCGAGCGUCAGGGCAGCACCAUCGGGGUGGAUUUUACUAUGAAAACCCUCGAGAUCCAGGGGAAGAGGGUCAAGUUGCAGAUCUGGGACACGGCGGGGCAGGAGCGAUUUCGCACCAUCACGCAGAGUUACUACCGCAGCGCAAAUGGUGCCAUCAUUGCCUAUGACAUCACCAAGAGGAAAUCGUUUGCGUCAGUUCCGCGCUGGAUUGAGGAUGUGAAGAAAUACGCCGGCUCCAACAUUGUCCAGCUGCUGAUUGGAAACAAGUCCGACCUCCACGAGUCGCGGGAGGUGCAGCUGCGGGAGGCGGAGACUUUGGCGCGACAUUUCGACAUUCCGUGCGCCAUCGAGACCUCGGCCAAAGACUCCAGUAACGUGGAGGAGGCGUUUGAGAAAAUGGCCACGGAGCUGAUGAUGCGCCACGGGGGCCCCGUCUUCUCCGAGAAAUCGUCCGACAGCAUCAAGUUGGACAGCACGGACGUGGGGGAGGCGUGGGGCUGCGGCUGCUGACGGUACCCCCCCCCCCCCUGUAUCACACUUUAGGGGCCCCAAUUGUCUGCUGUAAUUGUGACUCAGUAGUGACUUUUAGUCUCUGACAAUCGCGGGAAAGGGCCCGUCCCUCCUGCUUAGUAGCUGAAUUCCACGCAAUGCCUUAUCCUGAUUACUGGGGCCCCCGUUACACUGCACAUUCCUUUAGGUGCCGGGGGCCCUGCCAGUUUUAUGAAAUGACCCAGAAGGCCGAGGGGUGGCCGUGAUACUGUUCUCCCUCCCGGGGUCAGUUCUCCUGGAGUCUCAUUCCAUUUCAGUCCUGUAGCCCCAGAUCAUUCCCAGAUGCACCUCAUCAUGUGACUCUGCCCAGGACCAAACCACGAGAAAGUGCAAUGACCUCAACAUGCAGAUUUACUAAUAAUCCUUAUAUAUUGCUUCUUGCCUUUUUAUUAAACAGCGUCGCCUUUUCCCAGCAGGAAACUAUAUUUAUCACCAGCGAUUCAUUGGAAUAAAUAAUCAGUGCAGAAA